AUGGCCUAUGACCGCUACGUUGCCAUCUGCCAACCCCUGCACUACGGGACCCUCCUGGGCAGCAGAGCUUGUGUCCACAUGGCAGCAGCUGCCUGGGGCACUGGAUUUCUCUAUUCUCUCCUGCACACUGCCAACACAUUUUCCCUACCACUCUGCCAAGGCAAUUCCAUAAACCAGUUCUUCUGUGAAAUCCCCCAGAUCCUCAAGCUCUCCUGCUCUGACUCAGGCUAUCUCAGGGAAGUUAGAGUCCUUGUGGUUACUGCAUUUCUAUUAUUUACUUGUUUUGUUUUCAUUGUGCUGUCCUAUGUGCAGAUCUUCAGGGCCGUGCUGAGGAUCCCCUCUGAGCAGGGACGGCACAAAGCCUUCUCCAUGUGCCUCCCUCACCUGGCUGUGGUCUCCCUGUUCAUCAGCACUGCAUUUUUUGCCUACCUGAAGCCCCUCUCCUUCUCUUCCCCAUCCCUGGAUCUGGUGGUGGCUGUUCUGUACUCAGUGGUACCUCCAGCUUUGAACCCCUUUAUCUACAGCAUGAGGAACAGGGAGCUCAAGGAUGCGGUGAAGGAAUUGAUCCAACGCACCUUGUUCCACCAGCAGUAA